CGUAGAUCCCUCCACACAUCUAGUCCUCUUUGGAAUGUCAAGGUAUGUAUUUAUUUUGCAUCGGAAACUCAUCACUGGCCAGCUUGGCGAUCAUCUACAGAUCGGUAAGGGCCAAUGAUCACGAUACAUACCUCCGAUGUAGUAUGAAACACAUCUCUGGAAAAGAUUGUCCUAAGAAUAAGAAUAAUAAUGUGGAAACAAAAAAUACCUACCCCCAUGCGUACUCUACAUCGUAUUGUACCCGUUGCUACUACAGAGGGAUCUUGGCUUGCAGUACGCAGGGGAUUUAUCGGGCAAUUGAUUUUCAUCCAUCCCAUGCUUUGCAACAUGACAGUGCUGGAUAGCACAUGCCAGUAUAGCUCGUUGAGAAUGCAAUCAGCUCCUCUGCUUUCAUGACGGGAUUUGCGCUCGUUGUUUGCAGUCA